CACACGCUGACUUUUGUUCAUUUCUCAUCAUUACCAUUUCUUUUCUGGGCUCUACACCUUUUGCAAGAUUAAGGGUACUGAACAACAUGGACUGAACGAAAAACAGAGGUUUCACGAGACGGACAGCAGACAGGAAACACCGCAUCUAACCUGCAGGUUGACAGCCCCCCCGAGGUGUCGACGCGAUGGAGAACGUAGCCUCUCCGGCUUCCCAGCAGGAGGAACACGAAGCGGAUCGUCGCGCCAGGGAGUUAUUCCACUACUUCCAACCGGACAAUCCUGCUUUGCUCCCUGCUUCUGAGGGCACUGAUCCACACGGCUCGACCUGUGCGUACGCUCGAGCCAGUCCAAAUCUUGUCCUUACUGCCUUGGCCCAGUUAGCUGCGGUCAAAGUAGGCGUUCAGCGUGCGAUCAUUAGCUUGAUCGAUCGCGAGACGCUCUAUGUAGUGGCCGAGGCAUCACGCUCGCUAAACCUGGGGGAUAACACACUUUAUGAGGAUGAUGGCGACGGGCUCUGGAUGGGCUGCUCCCGAGGCCCUGUUGCUGGCACUCUAUGCGAGAAAACAAUCACCCUAUUAUCAACCACAGCGGACAAAUACCCUUUCUUUAUUGUGGAGGACUUGCAACAACAUCCCAAAUUCUGUCAGAUACCCUGUGUGUCCGGUUCGCCUUUUUUCCGCUACUAUGCCGGCACACCCCUGAUGACCAGUAGUGGUAUCAACAUUGGAAGCUUAUAUGUCAUCGAUCCAAGGCCCAAUCUGUCCUUGACGGCCGCUCACAAGGAAAGCCUUGGCGUGAUAGCCACCGGAGUGAUGGAGUAUCUGGAAACCUCGCGGCAGUCACUCGAAAGCGCUCGUUUGAUGAAAGUCUUGUCGGGGCUCAACUCGUUUGUUCAAGACCAAGGCAAAGAAGAGUCCCCGACCGCAGCCAUUCCACGAAGUGCGAGCCCUUCUGACCUUGACCGAUCGCGAACUCCCAGCCCUCGGCCCGUUUCAUCGCUCGAGAUCGACCCGGAGCUUCCCCCCCGAAGUACGAAAUCGUCUGUCAAGACUACAAGCCCGGCACAGAACAAUAACUUCUCUUCUGCGGAUUCUGUACCGUCAAGCCCCACGAAACAGCAGGCUCCGUCUAACCGACCUGGCAUCAAACCUCAUGCAUCGUCGUCCGGGAAAAGACACGAGGUAUUUCAGCGUGCUGCAGACCUCAUGCGUGAAAGCCUAACCCUGGGAGAUGAAGGAGGGGUCGCAAUUUUCGCUCUCAAGGACAGGUUUGACAUUGAUGAAGACGAAGGAUUGCUAGACAGUACGACCACCGGAUCACGGCCCGCCGCUACUACCUGGGCUAUUUCGACCCGUAAUGUUCACAACUCGCCGUGGGGAAAUGAGUCAGACCCCACGCCUGCCAAGCAAAUAAGUCGGCACUUUCUACGGCGGAUGAUGCAGCGUUUUGGUAAAGGAGCUUUGUGGUACUUCCAUCGCGAUGGAACAGCCUUCUCGUCCGACGAGGAGACGUCCUCGCAGACUAGUAACCAGCCGGCCUUUCAGUUGCCGUCAUUACUCCAUCCGCGGGAUCGGGACACGCUGAAUGGAAGGGACUUGGGUCUCCUGCAGAGCUACUUUCCGAACGCUACGCGCAUUAUCUUCGCCCCCCUGUGGGAUGCAUCGAACUCGCGUUGGUUUGGCGGCUGUUUCUGCUGGAGUUCCGUGGAGACCCGGAUUUUCAGCCCCCAUGUAGAACUGGGUGGCGUGCUCGGGUUCUGUUCCUCACUGAUGACGGAGGACAGUCGUAUCCGGAGUCAAGAAGCUGACAAGAAGAAAGGAGAUUUCAUCAGCAGUAUAUCGCAUGAACUUCGGAGUCCUUUGCAUGGAAUUCUAGCCGCAGUGGAAUUUCUCGCGGAACAAACGCUGUCCAGCUCAGCUCGGUUGCUUCUGGAUACUAUUAGGGCGUGCAGUCAAACUCUGUUGGAUACGUUCGAGCAGAUUCUUGAUUUCAGCAAAAUCAACUCAUUCAAGCGGAAGGCCCGGGUGGCCGGUACAUCGCUGUUGCAGGAUGGAAGGGAUUCUGUCGCUGCGCAAUUUGGUCCACGCUCAUUUUAUAUUUUGAAAGUCGUGGACAUUGUGACAAUCGUCGAGGACGCGAUCGAAAGUAUCUGCGCGGGGGCCAAUUAUCUUAAUAUUACUCGUGCUGGUGACUCUUCAACCUCGAAGCCGUCCUCCCCCUUAGGAGAUAGCUACGGUGGCAAAUCUGAGCACGUCGAUAUCACUUUGGAUGUCGGCAUGGAUGACUGGGUUUUUGUUUUGGAACCAGGGGCCUUGCGACGUAUUGUCAUGAAUGUUUUUGGAAACGCACUGAAGUACACCCCAACCGGGUCCAUCUCCGUACACAUGGAGAUCCAGAAGGAUAGCAAAAACGCAUCUCGCGAUGGGCAUGACACUUUGCUUCUGACUGUAUCCGAUACCGGUAGGGGUAUCUCCCCCGACUACCUUCGAUAUCACCUGUUCACACCUUUCAUGCAAGAGGAUCCUCUGUCCCCUGGCACGGGUCUUGGUUUGUCUCUUGUCCACAGCAUCGUCCGCUCUUUGAAAGGCAAUAUCAAGAUCAAGAGUCAGUCGGGAGCGGGGACGGUGGCCAAGAUCUCGAUUCCCCUUACGAGGCCCGAGAAAGAAAGUGUAGAGAGCGCGACAGUGCUCGAUGACCCGCUUCUCACCCCCUCAGCAGGUCUCAUUGAUGGCGUGAAGCAAGAACUGGCAGGGAAGACAGUGUGCUUCGUCCAGCCCAAUGAUGUCGCCUCUGCUAGUGCUAUCGCCAGGUACCUAACGCAAUGGUAUGGCAUAUCACUCCAGGCGUGGUCACCUGAUGUUUUCCCAGACCUUGUGAUUGUCGACGAGACGCAAUUGCACCGCGUCAAAGUGUUGAACGAACGAUCCACUUUGCUCAUUCUGCACCGCGACAGGCGUGCUACGUAUUCGAAAUCUCCCGGACUGAGUCAGCUUCGCGCACGGAUCGAAUGGUUGAGCCUUCCGUGUGGUCCUUACCGAUUAGCCAGAACGAUCCAGAGUUGUUUGCAAGCACCACCUCAGCUUCCCGGGAUGGAGGAUGUCUCACCACCAAUUGCGUCUGAAAACGGCGUACAAAAUGGGAAUGGGCUUUCUGCUGACCAGGGCCCUGGUCGAAGUCUCCCUUACCGUCCGGCAGCAUCAUCCAUUCCCGACACCAAACUCUCUGCACUAUCAUCAAACCCAGAUCUUGAACCUCAAUCUACGACAUUGCCAAAAAUAGAUACGCAAGCACAACAGAAUGGAAGCUCUGGCGGCCAACUACCUACCCUUUCCCGCCCAUCCGAGGACAUACCCCGGGUGCUUCUAGUCGAAGACAACCCAGUUAACAUGUCGCUUCUCAACCGCAUCGUCAGCCGGCGACAACCCCUUGUCGUGCACGAGGCCAUCAACGGCAAAGAGGCCGUCGACGCAGUUGACGCGAUGCCUGAGGGCUAUGACUAUAUUCUUAUGGUAGACAUCUCUAUGCCCAUUAUGGAUGGUUUCGAGGCCACCAAAGCAAUCCGUAUGAUUGAGAAGGAGCGCAAGACUUCAUCACCGGCGAAGAUCAUUGCGCUCACUGGUCUGGGGUCGAAUGAUGAUAUUGCGAAAGCGUAUGCCGCUGGCGUGGAUGUAUUCGUCACGAAGCCGGUGUCUCUGAAGAAGAUCACGCAGUUAAUGGAUCAGCCUAAGGGAUGA